AUGUCGGCGGCGCGCAAGAAGGACAUCCUCAUGCGACUGGCAGUCAAGGCUGUUCAUCAGUCGAAGUGGACGGCACUGCGCAUUUGCUGGCAUCACUAUAUUCAAAAGCAGGAUCAAGAGCUCAAAUGGCUGCGACAUCACUAUGAGGAGUUGCAACAACAGUUUGCCACCAUUCGCCAGGACUACCUGCAAGAGGUAUCCAUGCUUCGAGACCAAUCUCGUGUGCGCGGGGACAUGGACUGCUCCGAUUGGCAGAUACAGGGGCGCGGAUCUGAUGUUGUGUAUUUCUUCGAUCCUGCCAAAGCGCUGACUGCAAAAGAGACGGAGUUUAUGCUGCUGGCGGUGAAGGAGAAGCUGACAAUGAUCCUGGAAAGCAAUCCUCGCGUUGCGGGAUGUGUGGACCUUGGGCAGUUUGAGAAGCUCAAGGAGUUGAGCGACAACCAGGAGAUCCAGGAGAUGAGACAGGCCCUGGUGAGGAAAGGCCACGAGAUCGCCGAGCUUCGCCAAAACGUGACGCAGCUCCAGGAGGAGCAGGCGACGACACCCAAGGUUUCGAAGCAGGCUGUGCAUCUGCAAGUGAUGGCGGAUCUGGAGGAGAAGGUGGCAGACCUGCGGAGCAGUGCCAUGCAGCUGAAGCAGGAGAUCCGCGCAGAAGCGAAGGAACGUCGGUCGGCUGAGAGCUCGCUGGAGGCGAGCCGCCUGGAGUGCUCCGAGCUCAAGGGUUGCCUGGAGCAUUUCGAGCAGGAGCAAGCCCUUCUACAGUCGUCCCUCAGCACAGCGAAACGAGAAGCUGAGGAAGCACAGCAGCAUUUCCAGGAGCUGCUGGCAAAGGAGCGUGACCUGAAGGCUCGGCUCGCCAGCUUGAACGAGACCUGUGAAAGUCUCAAGAAGGCAGUGCGAAGAGUUCGCAUAGCAGAUUCCCGAAAGACGACUUCACCACCAAAGACGACUUCACCACCAAUGAGUGUGAAGAGCCUUGCCUUCCUCGAGGAGGAUCCUCUGACGGGUGAGUUGGUACCAGAGCUUCAGAAUUCUCCGCGUGAGGCGGGCAUUUCACUCUUGGAUGAGGCACAUGAGCAACUCCUCGAAGCCUGGGCCAAGAGAGACGCAGAGAUGGCAAAAGUCGAAGAAUUAACCCGGCAAAAUGCACAGUUGCGGCGCCAACUGGCAAAGCAAAGCCAAGGGCUCCUCCUGAUGGAUGCCGAUAAUACUGCAGGAGAAGCACAGCAGCUAGCAAGCUUUGUCCAAGAAGUCCGUACACAGCUCAUGAAAACGGAUCCUGGGGAUGACGGCGAGGUCCAAGUGUCAUGCCCAGAUCUCGAAGCUGAGCUGAGAGAUGCGUCUGCAGAAGCAGACGCAGCUUCAGCGGCAGUUCGGACUGCCUUGCAGAACGUGCAAGCUGGCGAGGCUACGCCCAUGGAAUUGGAAAAUCUGCAGCAGCUUCAGCACAAAAGCUUCUCUUCCCAGCGCCGCAAACAGGACCUGGAAAAGCGGAUGCUGGAGCUUUCCACUGAGCGCCUCAAGUCCGCCCUGGGUGACGAACCAAAAGCCACCGAGGAUGGGAAGUCUUCCAGCGGAGCCAGCGGAGCCAGCGGAGCCGGAGGAGCCGGAGGAGCCGGAGGAGCCAGCGGAGCCGGAGGAGCCGGAGGAGCCGGAGGAGCCGGAGGAGCCGGAGCCAGGCAGAUGCGAGGUGUGACACUGGCCACCAUUGACCUCCUGGCCGAAGCCGGUCAGAAAAUGCAAGGCCUGGCCGCAGAGAACAGCGAGCUGCGGGAAGCUCUGCUAUCUCUUUCAACUCGCUUGACUCAGGCAACAUCCUUGAUGCAGACGUCGCCUGCGUUGCAAGGCGAUGGAGCAUUGCAGAAAUGCCUGACCACAAUCAGCAGGAUCAGCGAAGAUCAUGU